CCCCAAGACAUCCCAACCUCAAGUGCCUGCGGACACCUCCGCCUGUUCGUCUCCAGUCCGAUCGGCUCCGGUGUCGUGGCUCAAAUAAUCGUGCUUGUGGGGCCCACGCCUUCUAACCGGUACAUCCAGUGUGACAAUGCGCCUUCUACGACUCGACGACGGCCCCAGCUUCAGCCUGGCCGACUUUGCCGAAGACGAGGCCCCUCGCUACGCCAUACUCUCGCACACCUGGGGACGCGACGGCGAUGAAGUCACGUACAAGGACAUCGUAGACGGCACCGGAAGCGCCAAGGCUGGCUACGACAAGCUCCGCUUCUGCGCCGCCCAAGCCAAGAACGACCGGCUGGACUACUGCUGGAUAGACACCUGCUGCAUCGACAAGACAAGCGCCGCCGAGCUUACUGAAAGCAUCAACUCCAUGUUCCGGUGGUACCAGAAUGCCGCCAAGUGCUAUGUUUUCCUUGCAGAUGUCUCGACUCCUACGAGCGAGGGCGACAGAGACUCCCAGCUGCGGAACAGUCGGUGGUUCACUCGAGGCUGGACGCUGCAAGAGCUCAUUGCUCCCCGAUGCGUCGAAUUUUUCUCGCAACAGCGUGAGCGGCUCGGGGACAGAAAGUCGCUAGAGAAGCAGAUUCACCAGGUUACCGGCAUUUCUGUCCAUGCGCUUCGAGGGGAGCCGCUGCCUCACUUUCCUACCGACGAGCGCAUGUCGUGGGCAGCAAACAGAUCAACCAAGCGACCCGAAGACAAAGUGUACUCUCUGCUUGGAAUCUUCGAUAUCCACAUGGAAGCCAUCUACGGCGAGGGCGAGCAUCAUGCAUUUCGGCGGCUCUUUCGGGAGCUCGAGAAGUACUCCGAAAACCAGCAGCUGAGCGCGCUCUUCCAGGAUCAACUAAAACUAUCCUCCUCCAAGCAGCCAAAGACGCCUCUCGUAGAUCUAGCAUGGCUCGUGCCGUUCGAGCGGAACCCCCGCUUCACCGGCCGCGAACCUGAGCUGACUCGGCUCGAAGAGAUGCUGUUCGGCACGCAUCAUGCCGCGAAGCUCGCCAUUACCGGUCUCGGAGGUGUAGGAAAGACCCAGCUAGUCACCGAACUGCUGUACCGUGUCGCCGACAAGCAGAAGCACUGCUCGUUCAUCUGGAUUUCCGCAGUCAACGUGGAAAGCCUGCACCAAUCUUACCUGGACGUUUCCCGGCAGCUGGGUAUACCCGGGGGUGAAGAUGACAAGGCAGACGUGAAGAGACUGGUACAGGCACAUCUAAGCAAAGAAAGCACAGGGCAGUGGCUGCUAGUGUUCGACAACGCCGACGACCUGGACAUGUGGAUCCCUAAGACUGCUGGCCAGCAGCCUGGGCAUGGACCGCGCCCUCUAGUCGACUACCUCCCGAAGAGCAAGCAAGGAACCGUCGUGUUCACGACGCGCGAUAGGAAGAUAGCAGUCAAGCUCGCGCAACCGAACGUGGUGGACGUUCCGGCCAUGGGAGAAGAUGCGGCUGCCGAACUGCUAGGGAAGUGCCUGAUCAACCCGGGUCUCGUUCACCAUGGACAAGAAACAAGCGCACUGCUUUCGCAGCUCACCUUCCUUCCGCUAGCCAUUGUUCAGGCAGCGGCGUACAUCAACGAGAAUGCGAUAUCGCUCGCGGACUAUCUGUCGCUCCUGGCCGAACAGGAAGAGGAGGUUAUUGAUCUUCUCAGCGAGGACUUUGAAGACGACUGGAGGUAUCGCGACAUCAAUAAUCCGGUAGCCACGACAUGGCUGAUUUCUUUUGACCAAAUCCGGCAGCGCGAUAGGCUGGCGGCCGAUUACUUGUCGCUCAUGGCCUGUAUUGAGCCAAAGGACAUUCCGCAGUCUCUUCUUCCACCAGGAGUGUCGCGGAAGAAGGAAGUAGAUGCAAUCGGUAUACUCACGGCGUAUUCUUUUGUUCAUAUAGGACCGGCCGACGAGUGCCUCGAUCUUCAUCGGCUAGUGCAUUUAGCGACCCGGAACUGGCUGCGGAAGGAAGAGUUGCUCGCGCAGUCAACGGAGCGAGCUAUUUUGCGACUCAGCGAAGUGUUUCCGGACGACGAACCUCAGAAUAGGACGACGUGGAGAAAGUAUCUAGCACAUGCUAGCUACGCGUUAGACAGCGGUGUUACCGGCGAUGAUGACGAGGCCAGAACUAGUUUGCUGUGGAAACUGGGGCUGUGUCUGUACGAGGACGGGCGGUGGAAUGAGGCGGAGAAGGCUUUUUCGCGAGUGACGGAGACUCGCAAGCGGUUGCUUGGGCCCGAGCAUCCGGACACGCUAGCUAGUAUGAGCAACCAGGCGUUGACGUACAAGGAGAAUGGCCAGUGGAACAAGGCUGAAGAGUUAAACGUGCAAGUAAUGGAGACUCGUAAGCGGGUGCUGGGCCUAGAGCAUCCAGACACGCUAACUAGCAUGGGCAACCUGGCGUUAACGUAUUGGAACAAAGGUUGGUGGGAUAGGGCGGAAGAGCUGCAGGUGCAAGUAAUGGAGACUCAAAAGCAGGUGCUAGGCCCAGAGCAUCUAAACACGCUGGCUAGCAUGGGCAACCUGGCGUCGACGUAUUGGAACAAAGGCUGGUGGGAUAGGGCGGAAGAGCUGGAGGUGCAAGUAAUGGAGACUCACAAGCGGGUGCUAGGCCCAGAGCAUCCAGACACGCUGACUAGCAUGAACAACCUAUCGUAUACAUGGAAAGCUAUGGGAAAGCAGCCCGAGGCUCUUACAUUAAUGGAUGAGUGCGUACAGCUAGGAACGCGGGUUUUGGGAGAUGAUCAUCCUGAUCUUCAUUCCUCCUCUGCGGCGUUAAAAGCGUGGCGAUUAGAAGAUAAAGGCUGAUGCUUCGUUAGGAGAGGAGUACGUUGGGUCUUAUUAAUCAUCACAAGCGGUCAGAGGAUGCCGCACCCUCCCCCAAAAUCAAGAAAUCCAAGAUGUAA